AUGGUCCGCGAGAGGGCGCCCAAGCCAGCAAAGCAAGAGUGGACAGACACAGAGAACCAUGGAAGACGAACAGGCAUACCCGUGCCCAAGCAUGUACCCCGGGACAGUCAUGGCUUCGAAGAUGUGUCUGCUUUCUUCAAUGCCAUGGUACCAGACGAUCACGAGACUGGUCUGCCACCCGUAGUCAAGUCGGUAGAAACUGCAAGGUCAAAUCGGGCUCCUUUGGCAGAUGUCACUGUCGAGUCAAACAACUUGCAUGUGCGAGGAUCUUUCGUGCCAAAGUAUGUCGACUAUACAGCGCCGACAAAGGGAACGAGUGCAAGUGUGAUGGCACCCGCGAGGGAGAAGCGAGCGCCCAGGCCAGAUCUGUACGAUACCCAAGGCGGCAUGAUCGGCCCAAAGACGGGUCGCUACUUUCCUCGCGUGUCUGUAGAUUCUCAAGGGUUCGAAGAUGUGGACAAGUUCUUCGACCAGUCUGGCAUCCUCCCGCCAUCACAGGCACCUUUUGUGCAUGUCUACCCCCAGCCUAAACCGCCGCCGCCGCCCACUGCAACGGAGAGCACACUUGGCAAACGAGAUCGAGGAGAUAGACCUAUCCUGUUUCCCGAGGGCCAACAUGAGCUAUAUGGACAGGUCGGCAGGAGGACAGGCAAGGUUAUGCGGCGCGUUUCUGUCGAUUCGAACGGAUUUGAGGAUGUUUCAAAGUUCUUUGAGGCUAAUGUGACGACGGCUUCUACCAAAUUUGUCGAUUUCAAGACGGGCAAGCUCAUCACUGCCGGAGAACGCGAUGCCAAGCGAAGACCACAACAAUCAGCUGCCUUUGUUGCGGCUGAUGUAUCGACAUUACUUGAUGACUCGGUCGAACAGCUCUUUGACGACGAUGGGCCGAGUGAAUCUGGUUCCAGGCGCGGGUCCCUCCUUGACGACAGACCGAGUAUAGACCAGUAUGCCAUAGACGAUAACGAAUACGGUCAGGGAGGCUACAGCGACGCGCAACAACGGUCCACAAGUCCUAGCUCGUCCGACGAUGACGUGACCAUCUCUCGCAAGAUCAGCAGGAGUCAAUCACCAGCUGAGCGACGUCACUAUUCUUCCUCUGCUUCGCCAUCUCCCUCGCCUCCUCGCAAGCAGUUUGUACUACCUUCCAAACGGAGAGCAAUCCUUCCGGCGCCUGAUCUGUCGAUCGUACAAGAAGAAUCAGAACCUGAGCAAGGCGACGAGACGUUCAUUGCGACGCUUCGGAAAGAACGAGCGAGCAGUGCACCCCUCCAGACAACAACCCGCUCGGGCAGAAACUCUGUACGACCUGGCAAGUGGUGGGCGGGCGAUAGAUCCGAAUACAAACGGGGCGACUCUCAAGGUCUCGUCCUGUCCAAUGUCGUGCGAAAGCCAGACGAUGAGCCUGCGAGACCCAAACGUAGAGCCCUCACUGCCGCGCCUUCACAGCGAUCUGUGGAAUCAGAACCAACGCCGACGGGUAUUGGACGGUUCGACGGCUGGGACGACGACACAUCGAGCACAGUCGAGGUGCUCGAUCGCUCUGGUAAUGUGGUGACGGAAACACUUGUCUGCACCAGCAGUAUGCGAGAUCUUCGGCCGAUCAGGGAUGGCAAGAUACGGAUCGAGCCACUCUUUGACUUUGCGAGCACAAGCGGGGCUCUUGUCUUGACGAUCCCGCCCACCGCGUCCAGGAAGAAUCGCAUGACAGUCGAUAACAGGUACUUCUUCUAUGUCACCGUCGGAUGCCUGCGCGUCACAAUCCACAACAAGAGCAUGACCGUCUCUGAAGCAGGAUUGUUCGUCGUGCCUCCCAACAAUGUCUACAGUAUCGAGAACACCUGCGACGUUGAAGCGAAGCUGAUGUGCGUGCAAGUUCGCGAAGACGCAGAGCCUGUUCGAGCCAAAAUGUUCGAAGAGCCUACUGCUGGGCCGAGCAGGCUGCCCAUCGAGUUCCAGAUCGUCAUACUAUCCGGGCCUGGAAACGAUCUCUAUCCGCUCGUCGAUCCCGACAACGCCCAUUCGCUACCAAAGUGCUUGCUACCUGUCGCCAACCGACCAUUGCUCGAAGGUCCUCUUGAGCUGGCCGAAGAGGCAGGCUUCUACGAUGUGAUUGUUCUGGCACCCCAAGCUCAACAAGCGCAACUAAGCUCUUACUUGCGCUCGAGGCGGAGUCAUGCAGACACGAGCUCGACGAAGCUCAGAAUAGACUUGCAUUGCUUCCCUGAUGGAUCGAAUGAUGAAGAGCAACAUGAGGAGCUAGAGACGGCAGGUGUGCUCGCAUGGGCGACUCGACAGCACCUCAUAAAGACGGACUUUCUUGUGCUUCCUUGCGAUCUCAGACUUGCUCCUGACAGCGGGCUAGCACCUUCGCUGGGCUCGCUAGUCGACCGACAUCGCGUGGACGACAAUUAUAUCACGACUUUGUACUACGAACGUAGAGCGGGCGGCGAAGAGAGGCUCAAGGAUGGAUUACCGCCCGUUUUAGUCACUCUGGACCCCGCAACAUCUACCUUGCUCGACCAGAAGGAGCUGGCCGACUUUGACGAAGAGAUUGUCAUCCGCGCGUCGUUGCUGAAAAGGUUCCCAUCGCCGCUCUAUCUGACUACCCUCGCCACGACGCAUAUCUACAUCUGCUCGAAGCGCGUUCUUGAGAUCCUGCCCGACUUCCCGGCCAGGUCUAGCUUUCGCGACGAUGUCGUGCCUUGGAUCUGCAAAGCGCAAUGGCAGCCGAAACUGGCAGGCAAAGCAGGCAUUGGCAAUGCGCUCACGACACCGAAGGAUCUGACAAAUGGAGGGCUCGCUCGCUCGUCUACCCUCCCACCGCCUGGUCACAUUCCGUUGCGAACAGAGGCCGCGCCCGAGAAGCCUCGUCAGCCUAUACGGCCACCUGUGUCACGGCUUCAUUCAGUCUAUGCCGCUCAACGCCACACUUCAGCUUUACACCGUCAGCCAAUGGAACAAGAUACGCCCGACAUCACUCGUGCGCCUUCGCUCGAGUCCACGCCAGCAAUGACGAAGCAGAACAAGGUAGCCAUCUACGUAUGGCGUAAAUCGCAUGGGUUCUGCAUCCGAGGCAAUACUGUAAAGAGCUACAUCGAGCUCAAUCGGUAUGCGCUCAGGUCGCCCUCGACGCAUGCAGCAGGUCAUCAAGGCGCUUCGAGUACUGUCUCGGCAGACUCGCUCGUUGCGCAGAACACGACGAUGGGCGAAAAGUCAAUGGUCAGACGGAGCAUUGUCGGAAAGCUAUGCACGCUCUCGUCUGGCUGCAAAGUCCUCAAUUCUGUCUUGAUGGAUUCAGUCGUAGUAGGAGAGAACGUCAAAUUGGAGAAUUGCGUGGUGGGCAAAGGUGCAAGGAUUGGCGAUCGCAGCGUGCUGAAAGAUUGUCAAGUGGGCGCCAUGCACGAGAUAGCGCCCGAGACAGAAGCGACGGGGGACCAAAUGGUCGCUGAGACAGAAGUCUAGUAUGCAUUGCAUUUCAGACUUUGAUGUUUGCUCCACCUGACUUGAUGAGCUGAAGGAAAGUAUCUUUCGACAGAUUUGCAAGAGCAUCUUCUCUACCCCUACUGCCGAGCAGGUUCGCUCUACGGUGAUCUGUGUCGAUCGCAGGCGUGGCUGUUGCAGCUGUGGCUGCGAUGC